GAUUUUCCUGCAAGAACACGAGUUGUUUCACUUCAGAAGUCCGAGAGAUUUUAGUGAAAAAGUCAGGGUAGAAACCCUCAGGGCCAUUAAGUUAGGGCCAGAAGUCUUCGAGACUAACACCAUCUGUCUCUUUCUGGUCACUGAGAGGUCGUCAGUCCUUUUUCAUUUUGAUUUUUCUUCGAACCCAUUCGUACCUGCGAAGACCAGGAUGGCUGCAUCCCUUGCCCGUCUUGGGCGCUUCGCGCGUCCACUGGCUACCAGGGCUGUGGGCACCACUUCUGCUCAUUUGGACAACGAAUCCUGGCUCAGCAAAUUGCUUGUCCGCAAAAUCGAGCCUACUAAAGAGUCGCACUCGCGGAUGCUGUCCGAUAAGGAGGUCAUCUACGAACUGCUAACUCAUGACGUCAAGCCGCAACACAAUGAGGAAUAUUUGGUCAACUACCAGAACAGUGUGAAACUCGUUCAUGAUAGGAAGCUGCAGUGUGAGCUAGUUGCUAGCUGGAAAGUGUCGGUUGGAGACCAAGAUCAGUGUUUGCAUCUGUGGAAAUACACCGGAGGAUUUGCCAGCAUUGAUAAUGCCAGAAAAGUGCUGACUGUUGAUAAGGAAUACACGACUCUGGAAAAAACUCGCGGAAAGAUGCUGCGCGCAAGAAACUUGCAGUUUUUGCUUGCAUUUAGCUAUUGGCCCCAAAUCAUACCUCGCGCUGGUGGAAACUUGUAUGAAAUCCGAUCAUACACUUUAAAGCCGGGAACCAUGAUUGAGUGGGGUAAUAACUGGGCUCGAGCCAUCAAUUACAGGCGCAAUAAUGACGAAGCUUAUGCUGCUUUCUUCUCUCAGGUUGGACGACUGUACAAUGUGCACCACAUUUGGUGCUACCCAGAUUUGCAAGUUCGCAAGGAAACUCGUGAGGCUGCUUGGCGCAUGCCAGGUUGGGAUGAGUGUGUAGCCUACACGGUACCGCUGAUCAGAGAGAUGGACUCUCGCAUCCUGCACCCUACCAGCUUCUCGCCAACUCAGUAAUUUGCUUGAAAUGUUGAUGAACGAAACAAGACUACUUUGACACUAAAUGCCUGAGGCGCACAACUUUUUUUUUAAUUGCUGUUUAACUUUAUUGAACCUCUCUAUUGUGCUGUGUCUCAAUUUUUGUUUAAGUUUUGAAAUGAGCUAUAUUUUGCAAUUAUGAUCCUGUGAUGAAGACAAAGUGUCAGAGUAGUCUUUCAGAUUCAAAACUAACAAAAAUCUAAAAAUAUAAAGCCUCUUUUAGAGGGAUCAGUUAUUGAAAUUGUGUAUCAUGGUACAAGUUAGCAAUUCAUUUGUGAAUAUCACAUUAAUUCAAACUGAUUUAAACGCUAUUGGUCAACAAGAUGAUAAUUUGUACAGCAAAAUGAAAUUAGGGAGAAUCCAUUAAUAGUUAUUUGUACGAACUGAUGACAAGACUCUGAAAUAUGGAGUGUAAAAAAUGAAGCAAAUGAUUUUUAAACAGAA